AUGGCGCCAAAUGUUUAUGCAAAAAAUGUGACGGGGUAUGACCUGGCCAAGGUUGGCCAUGCGGAAGAGCUCGACCUACUCCAGAGAGGCUCAUCUCUCCGAAAAGGACAGUCACCAUCCCGCUCACACAGGAGCUCCAACCAGCAGGCUGAAUCCUCUCACAACCCAGCAACUCCCGCAGGGGUGAUCACAAGGGAGGAGUUCGACCAGCUGAGGGGCAAGCUCGAUGCUCAGGUGGAGGCCUUAAARGCCAAAUGUGAGCAGAAAGAAGGUUCACUGAACGAUGGCGACUUGGGAGAAUCGCCCUUCACCUCGGACGUUUUGGAAGCACCGAUCCCUCYGAAGUUCAAAGCUCCUACCGUGAAGCCUUAUGAUGGGUCGAGGGACCCCAAGGACUAUGUUGAGGUCUUUGAAGGCCUCAUGGACUUCCAAGCGGCAUCAGACACAAUCAAAUGCCGCGCCUUUCAGAUCGCGCUUACUGAUAGCGCGCGAUUGUGGUAUCGGAGACUGCCAGCCAGGUCGAUCUCGACCUACUCUCAGCUGAGAAGGGAGUUCCUCGCCCAGUUCUCUUCUCGGCAUUAUGACAAAGAAACAGCGACCCAUCUCGCCACCAUCAGACAGAAGGAGGGUGAGACGCUGCGGGAAUAUGUCACCAGAUUCCAGGAGGAGCAGUUGAAGGUCACACACUGCUCCGAUGACUCGGCCAUGUGCUACUUUCUCACCGGUCUAGCCGACGAAGCCYUCACGGUGAAACUUGGAGAGGAGGCCCCGGCCACCUUCGCCGAGGUGCUUCAGAAGGCGAAGAAGGUCAUCGAUGGACAGGAGCUCCUCCGAACCAAAACCGGCCGACCGGAGCGAAAGAUCGGCCGGGGCAGAAGUGGAAAAGAUAUAGAAAGGGCAGAUCUCAAGUCCAAGGACAAGGGAUCCUUUUCCAGCGACCGAGCUGGGUAUCGAAGGGCGGAGAACGGACCUACCAGGAGCCGACCUUACGAACGCUUCACCCCGACCACGAUUCCAAUUUCCGAGAUCCUAACGAACAUCGAAGAGUCUGGAAUGGAAAAACUACUCAAGCGUCCUGAGAAGCUUCGGGGAGCCCCGGAGAGGCGCAGCAAGGACAAGUAUUGCCGCUUCCAUCGGGAGCACGGCCACAACACGUCGGACUGCUGGGAGUUGAAGCGCCAAAUUGAGGAUCUAAUUUAA